AUGGUAUGCUGGACCCUUGUGGACUAUACGAAUGCGACUAACAAAGACAUGCAGUCUACAACACCAACGCCCUACAAGCCCUCGCCCCUCUCCUUCAACAGCCCGCGCCAGUCGCCCUUCCGCAGACCAGGCUCCAUCAGGGAGAGCUCACCGUCUACCUUGCGACCAUCGACGCCGAACAGUUCGCCUCUAAAGCCCAAAGAGACUCCGACAUCCCCUGCGCAAACCCCCAACCGUCUGUCCAUCGGGGGCAACCCAUCGCAAAACCCGCCAUCCUGGCUGAACACACGGGGGACGACGGGCACCCCAGAAGCGCCCAAUUCGCCUUCUCGAAAUCUUUCACCUGGACGCAAUGUUUCGCCAACGCGGAAUGUUUCCUCGUCUUCGCAGAUGACGGUGCGACCUCUGAGUACUUCAUCCAUCGCAGCCAAGUUUGAGGCUGCCGGGAGGGACGACGCACCACCGCCUCUGUUUAGCAGGAAGAAGUCACCACCUGUCGAGAAUACCGAGCCAAUUGAGAGCCUCAAGCCAACCGAGAUUCAUACUUCAAUUGAGGAGCCUAAGCCGGCCGAGACAUACAAGCCAGUCGAGACGUUUAAGCCAGUCGAAACCUACAAACCAGUCGAAACCUUCAAGCCAGUCGAAAUCUUCAAGCCAGUCGAAACCUACAAGCCAGUUGAAACCUACAAACCAGUCGAAACCUUCAAGCCAGUCGAAACCUACAAACCCGUCGAGACCUACAAGCCAGCAGAGCGCACAGCACGACCAGCACCCAUGCAACGAAUGGCCUCUUCAGACGCCCUCUCCAAACUGCCCCCACCCCUCCUCCACAGCAUGCGCGAAUCCUUCAGCGUCAUGGACCGCGACGACGACGGCCACGUCAACUCCGCCGACGUCGCAGACAUGCUCUCCCAACUCGGUCUCUCAGCCACCCCCUCCCAACUCUCCACCUACUUCAACGGCGCGCAAUCCAUCAACCUAGCCACCUACCUGACAACGCUAUCCGACCUCCUGGGCAACCUCUCCCACCAGAACGAACUGACCGCUGCGUUCGAAGCCUUCGAUGAUAAUGACGAUGGGCAGAUUGAUUUGGCAGAGUUGAAGGAUGCUUUGUUGCAUACUGCGCCUGAGGCCGGGGAGAGGAAGUUGACGGAGAGGGAGAUUGAUAUGGCUAUUGAGGGGUUUAGUGGACGGAGGGCUUUCGCUAAGGGAGGGAAGAGUUUGGGUAAUAGGACCGAGGUGUUUAGAUGGCAGGAGUUUAUGUCUAGUCUUACGGGUGGAAAUGGCAAUAGCGGUGAGAAUGGCGAGGGGGCUGCUGCGCCGGCGUAG